GCCGGAAUGACUCGCGAGGGCAGUAUGAACAAGGAGGGUCUGGAGGAGACAGGCGCAACGAUUUGCGCAGUCGGAAUGAGAGGGGGGAAUAUGGUGUCUCAUCAGAACUAUAUCCAAAGUCGCCUGACCCCAAUGCGGCCAGGAAAUCGAUGUCGAGGGGGGCGGACGAUAGGGCGUCUACUCCCAGGAACUCAUGCGUCUAUUGUAGGGGAGAAGAUCAUAUCAAAAGGGAUUGCCCGGACCUUAAACGGGCAAUAGAAGAGGGACUUGUCGUGCUUGACGAUCGCAAGUACGUCAAGUKGGSRGAUGAUCUCGGAGAUGUAUCGAUGUUCCCUUCGAUGAAGGAGAAUGUCGAAGCAAGGAGAAUAAAGACGAGUAGAAGAAUGCAGCCGGUCAGGAGCCAGAGCAUCAAGAUAACUUUUGAAGGGGACAUGGCGACCACACCCAUAAGAGUGGCGGCCACGAAGUCGGCAAGAGGAUCUACAUCGAAGAAGACUGACACGGACUACGUGAUGGCAGAGAAGGACGGGCAGCGAGUUGAUGGAGAGGAGGUUAUCCUUUYGCCGCGGAAACGGGGAGUGAAGAAGUUUUUAAUGAAGAGUUCGCUGGAUGAGAUUGACACGGUCGAGCCGCUGAGGAGGGCUCUUCGACAGCCCAUGCAAUGCUCUAUUCUGGAGUACCUGGCGGCAUCAAAGCCGGCUCGCAAUGAGUUACAGAUGAUCACGCGCAAGACUCGCAUACCUCUAUCAGAGGAGGGGCAAGGGGCCCCUAAGGCAGAAGCUUCUACAGUAGCAGUGACGGGGAUGAUUGCCAGAGCGGAUCGCAUGGCAACAAUCCUUCUUGAUGGAGUGGAAGGAGUGUCUCCCGACAAAUUUUAUAUACUCGGUAGUGGAGCGGUGGAGACGAUUAUAAACGAUGGAGCGAUACUUGAUGCUGUGGUCGAUAACGGCAGUGAGGCUGUUAUUAUAGACGACGACUUGGCAGUACGGGUCGGGCUGGGCCUCGAUAGGGGAAGAGCUCUGUACCAGGGGAAAGAGGUGCCUCGUAUACUCAGUGAGAAGGCGCUGGACAUGGUGUACACCGCAGGGGGAAAAACUAUGCGUCAACAUACAGGGUGUACACAGCGGAAUGCCCGCAGUGAAAGGAGUAGGGCGCCAAGCAGAACGGGGAGGGAGGACCAGUGUGCGUGGGGUGGGCAGCGCGCGGCUCUGCUACAAUAUGCGCCUGGCGUUCAUAGCCCACAGCGACGCUAUGGUAGAUCUGCUAAGCAAGCAACCCAAGUUAUCCCCCUGUUGACGGGAGGGGCCAGUAUCGCUGAUCAGACGAGAGAGCGUAUUGACUGUUCCCGCUGCUGCUGGGAACUACCAGUUUCAAAGAUCUGCUAAGCAAGCAACCCAAGUUAUCCGCCUGUUGACGGGAGGGGCCAGUAUCACUGAUCAGGCGAGAGAGCGCAUUGAGUGUUCCCGCUAUUGCUGCGAACUACCAGUUUCAAAGAUCUGCUAAGCAAGCAACCCAAGU